AUGGCGGCCGCUCGCUCUAUCAGGCCCAGUGCAGGUGAACGAGGGGCAGAGAUGACCAGUGGGCUUGGCUGGGACGGAAAGCUACGACAUCCUAGCAAGAUGGAGCAAGAGGAGGAAGAAAAUGGCGAAGCUACGGAUGAGGAGGACGAUGAAGAGGAAGAGGAGGAGCCGCUGCGACAAACUCGCAGAGGGGAAACCCAGGUCGUCGAAGGGGAGGGCAUCGAUCCGGACGAAGACCUGCUUGAUGGUUACGAGCCGGACACCACGGAAAUCGACCUCGUCCACUGCAGGAUCACAUCGAUUCCCGCAUUACGGUUGGAGCGGUUCCCCAAGACCGAGAGACUAUGUCUCCGACAGAACCAGAUCUCGACCAUCGAGUUCCCGCCCGAGCUCGCCACCUCCGUCCAAGAGCUCGACCUGUACGACAACUUAAUCUCGCACAUCAAAGGCCUCGACGACUUCACCGCCCUCACCUCCCUCGACCUCUCCUUCAACAAAAUCAAGCACAUCAAGCGCCUCUCCCACCUCUCCCGCCUCACCGACCUCUAUUUCGUCCAAAACAGGAUCUCCACCAUCGAAAACCUCCACCACCCCCACCUCAAAAACCUCGAACUCGGCGCCAACCGCAUCCGCACCAUCGAAAACCUCGAUAACCUUCCUUCCCUCGAACAACUCUGGCUCGGUAAAAACAAAAUCGAUCGCCUCCAAAACCUCGACCGCCUCCCCUCCCUCUCCCUCCUCUCCAUCCAAUCCAACCGCCUCACCUCCCUCUCCGGCCUCUCCCUCCCUUCCCUCACCGAGCUUUAUAUCUCUCACAAUGCCAUCACCGAUCUCGCCCCUCUGGCCUCUCUUCCCAACCUCCGCGUGCUAGACAUCUCGAACAAUCCCGUCGCGUCGCUGGCAGGCGUGGCGCCGUUGACGAAGCUCGAGGAGCUGUGGGCGAGUUACUGUGCUCUGGAGGACUUCGAGGAGGUGGCAAGGGAGUGUAAGGAGAUGAAGGAGUUGGAGACGGUGUAUUUCGAGGGGAACCCGUUGCAGAAGCGGCAGCCGGUGUUGUAUCGGGGGAAAGUCCGUUUGGCGAUUCCGUGGGUGAAACAGAUUGAUGCGAGUAAGUGCUAA